UCUAGUCAAGCCCUAAGUUGCUUCUAGACUUCUAGUCAAGCCCCAAAUUGCCCCAAAUUGCGAAGAAGACGUGUCGACCGGCUUACGUACUUAAAACGCGUUGGACGGCUGUCGUUAACAUCGCGCAGAAACGCCUCCCCACUCUGUAUACUAUAUAUAGACCUCCCCACUCUGUAUACUUCAUAUAGACAGACACACAAGACAUGAAGCAACGAAGCAAAUAAGAGCGACAGAUCUGGUCUGUGAGAAAGAGGCAAGAGGUCGAGAUCAGAUUAAAGAUGAAUAUCCCUGACCUAACCCUACCGAUCCCCCACAUCACCAUCAACAUUGUGGAAAUGAACUGGCAAGAACAACGAAAUUUCAUGUUUAUUGAGUCUUCCGCUUUCAUCAACAAUGUACAACAACCGGAUUUCAUGCCCACUUAUCUUACCGCCAUUCUCGCCCUUGUUGCUUUCUUUGUUCCAGCGCUCCUUGACCUCAUUGAUUUGAAGUUCCAGAAAGAGGCCAACUCAGUAUUUGAAGCCCACCCUGCAACCACCAUGAUGGCCUUUGCUACCUUACUAGCAUUUGUCUUGGCAUUCGGAAUCGACUUCACCUUCCAUUCUUCUCAUUUCUCUCCUAUUUGUGCUGCUCUCCUCCGCACUGCCAUGAUGUUUUCUGGUUCCCUCUUAUUGGCUUCAUUGGCAUCACUAUUGUUGCCUGAUGCAUUGCGGCCCUUUCUAUAUGUCUUCUACGCUUUCCUCUCUCUUGCCAACAUGCAUGACCUACUCCGGAAAUGCUCUCUCUGGAUUCACCUUAAGAUCAUGGACAACCUUGAUACAGUAUUAACAGCUAUGCAACAGAGGCACAUGAGAAGAAGGGACUCAAAACAACUAGGGAUAAGGGUUUCUGACGAUUACUGGUGCAAGGGGUUCUUCAUCAGGGAAGAAGAGUGGCAGAGCCCUCCUUUUGUGGUAAUUCCAAUUGCAAACUAUUUGAAGAUUCCCACUUGCACACACACCUUAAUAUGAAAUAUGACAUGUAUCAUCUGAUUUCUUAUUCAUUCUACUUUAUGACCUAAAGGUUCAUUUAGAUGCUGCUGUUGCAGCAAUAGUGGCAUCAAGAAGAGAUUAGAACUUGACAAUCAUUUUGUCUUGAGAUUAAAGAUUUCUCCU